AUGGAAAAACAGCUGGAGAGAGUCCGCUCCGGGUUGGGAGACGUUGCAGAACUUUGCUGCUUCGUCGUGCACAAGCGGUGCCAUGAAUUUGUUACUUUCACCUGUCCGGGUGCUGAUAAGGGUCCUGCUUCUGAUGAUCCCAGGAGCAAGCACAAAUUUAAAAUCCACACCUACUCCAGUCCCACCUUCUGCGACCACUGUGGCUCGUUGCUGUACGGACUCAUCCACCAGGGGAUGAAAUGUGACACCUGCAUGAUGAACGUCCACAAGCGCUGCGUGAUGAACGUCCCGAGCCUGUGCGGAACGGACCACACCGAGCGCCGGGGCCGGAUACACAUCAAGGCGGAUAUCGACAAAGAGGUUCUCACCGUUGUAGUAAGAGAUGCUAAAAAUCUAGUUCCUAUGGACCCUAAUGGCUUGUCAGACCCUUAUGUGAAACUUAAACUAAUCCCCGACCCGAAAAGCGAAAGCAAACAGAAGACCAAAACUAUAAAGUGCUCUCUGAACCCUGAGUGGAAUGAGACUUUUAAAUUUCAGCUGAAAGAGUCAGACAAAGACAGAAGGUUGUCGGUGGAGAUUUGGGACUGGGAUCUGACCAGCAGAAAUGAUUUUAUGGGGUCUUUGUCAUUUGGAAUUUCUGAGCUGCAGAAAGCGGGCGUCGACGGAUGGUUCAAACUGCUGAGCCAAGAGGAGGGGGAGUACUUCAACGUCCCCGUGCCGCCGGAGGGAGAAGAAGGAAAUGAGGAACUGCGGCAGAAAUUUGAGAGAGCCAGGAUCGGGCCGGGCGCCAAGGCGGCCGAGGAGCGGACGAUGAACGCCAUUUCUAAAUUUGACAACAACGGGAACCGAGACCGGAUGAAGCUGUCGGAUUUUAAUUUCCUCAUGGUGCUGGGGAAAGGCAGCUUUGGCAAGGUCAUGCUCUCGGAAAGGAAAGGCACGGACGAGCUCUACGCGGUGAAGAUCCUGAAGAAGGACGUCGUUAUUCAGGAUGACGACGUGGAGUGCACGAUGGUGGAGAAGCGGGUGCUGGCGCUAGCUGGGAAGCCCCCGUUCCUAACACAGCUUCACUCCUGCUUUCAGACAAUGGAUCGCCUGUAUUUUGUGAUGGAAUACGUGAACGGAGGGGACUUAAUGUACCAGAUUCAGCAGGUUGGCAGGUUUAAGGAGCCCCACGCCGUAUUCUACGCAGCUGAAAUUGCCAUCGGUCUCUUCUUCCUACAAAGCAAAGGCAUCAUUUAUCGAGACCUCAAGCUGGACAACGUGAUGCUGGAUAGCGAAGGGCACAUCAAGAUUGCAGACUUCGGCAUGUGCAAGGAGAACAUCUGGGACGGGGCGACCACCAAGACCUUUUGCGGCACUCCUGACUAUAUCGCCCCCGAGAUAAUUGCUUAUCAGCCCUAUGGGAAGUCCGUGGAUUGGUGGGCAUUUGGAGUUCUGCUCUACGAGAUGCUAGCUGGCCAGGCGCCCUUCGAAGGGGAAGAUGAAGACGAGCUUUUCCAGUCCAUUAUGGAGCACAACGUCGCCUACCCCAAGUCCAUGUCCAAGGAGGCCGUGGCGAUUUGCAAAGGGCUAAUGACCAAGCACCCGGGGAAACGCCUGGGCUGCGGCCCGGAGGGGGAGCGGGAUAUCAAGGAGCACGCCUUCUUCCGCUACAUCGACUGGGAGAAGCUUGAGCGCAAAGAGGUCCAGCCGCCGUUCAAGCCCAAGGCGUGCGGACGGAAUGCUGAAAACUUCGACCGAUUUUUCACCCGCCAUCCACCCGUCUUAACUCCACCUGACCAGGAAGUCAUCAGGAAUAUUGACCAAUCAGAAUUCGAAGGAUUUUCCUUUGUUAACUCUGAAUUUUUAAAACCUGAAGUCAAGAGCUAAGUAGCUGUGUAGAUCUCAUUCCUGCAUCUAUAUCACCCAGUCCCGGGAGCUGUCGUGGUGACAUUCUUCAUUGCAAAAGUUGCAUUCAUGGUUUUUCUUUUGUAAUGAUACUAGAGUGACCAGGUUUCAAAGCCGGAAGUGUCUUCACAGAAGGUGGGACCACUCUGAAUGACAGAUGCGGUGUGAAAAGUACUGCAAUUUCGUUAGGUUUGAAUCCAAUUUAAUCAUAGUUAAUGGCAUCCGGGCAUUGGCCAACAGAUCAUGAAAUGGUGUCUAAGAACACACCAGUCACAGCCCACGACAAUUGGGAGAAAUCGACGUGUGUGCCUAGCUUUCCUGUUCCUUCACUUAUCUUGCCCUUCAAUGUAAGCACGUGAAAGUAGCUGCUGUCAUUUCAGUCUGCCAGUGGCAAAGAAAGUGGUUUUUAUUGAAACUUUACCUGGGGAUUAAGUGUGGAACACUGAACUUUGCAGGCUUCUAAUUAAUCUUUAGCCCCACCCCUAACCUCUAAGCAAAUAAAACAGCAAGUGGUCCUGUAGCACCUUAAAGACUAACAAAAAUAUCGGCACAGUAUCAUGAGCAUUCAUGGGCACGACCCACUUCCUAUUAGCAGACCCGGCCAAAGGCCCAAGGCAGCUCGCUUCCCAGUCGGGGCAGAGAGUGAGCGGCCGAGUAGGCGAGGCCGGGCCUGCCUGUUAGUUUGUCCAAAGAUUGGACGUGGGUCCUCUCGUCUCACAUGAGACCCUAAGUCCUUGUUUAUUUAAAUACAUUGCAAAACCUCUUGCCUUUAAAAAAAAAAAAUUCAUCAAACACAGCGCUCCCUGCUAGCAGUAAUAAAUUACUGGGGAAACCAAAUCCAUUGCUCACGCAGAUUUCUCCUGAUUGUGCAGUUUCUUAGUAACUUCUUUUUAUUAAAAGAAAGCGUGUCAGCCAGGAAUCAAAUGAAAGUUAGAAAAGAAUCCUUGUAAAUGCUUUCAAAUCUAUGGUCACCCUAGUAAACUCCAUACAUGACAUGGUUUUCCAUUAUUUCAUAUCAAACCUUUUGUUUGUUCGUUUGUUUGUUCGGGGUUUUAUUUUCAAAUGCCAAAAUGAUGAACUCAGUUUGUUACAUGCGCUUUGAAUGUGUCAAAAAUGAUAUUAAUGGAAAUGAGCUGAUAUUGAAAGUCGAGCCGUAUUGUGAACUCUGAUGAAGCCUGUAAAGGAUUUUGUUUUCACUAAUAUUCCUACCUUAACUAAUGUUGCUGGAUAUUUAAAUAGUCUGACGUUUGUGUUCCUAGCAUCCAAAACGGAGAAGGAAAAAAAAAAGCUUUGGGAAAGAUGAGCUCCCUUCCUUUGUAGUGCUCUGCCAGUGUCUGUGGGCUGUCCCCUUGAACCAAGCUGCUUGGAGCUGUAAUGUGCCAAUCUUUUUCCAAUACUGAUUAUAAAA